AUGAAAGAUGCAGAACAGAAAUUCCACUCCCGAUUUGUAAACUUGACGGAGGUUUACAUCAAUGAGCAAGAAGCAGAACUAUUAAAAAAAGGCCUCAAACACAACAUUGAAAGUUACAACCGAAAGAGGGAACUUGAACAAACUAUCGUGGAUACUGAAGUUAUUAUAUCACGGCUUCCAACUGAAGAACAGGAGCACGCCAGACACAUAUGUCGGCACAUAAUUGAAAAAGACAUAAAUGCCAAGAAAACUAGGAAGCAGAAGAACGAAAACCAAACCAUAAAAGGGCUCAAAGAAAAGCUAAGGGCAAACAAUGUUAUAACCACAAAAGCAGACAAAGGCAAUACCACCGUAUUAAUUGAUAAAAAAGANUUAACACUUAUGAACUCGAGUGUCCCUCCGUUGAUUGCCUUGCCGAAGACACACAAACCAGGCACCCCGAUGAGACCUAUUAUUAAAUACAAGUCUGCUCCCGGAUACAGGCUCUCCAAGCACCUAAAGACGCUGCUGAAGGAUAGCCUGGAUCUACGCAAUAAAUAUACUAUUACAAAUACAACGGAACUAAUCGAGAAGAUGAAAUCGUUGAAGAUCAACGAAAACACUAAAUUCGUAUCAUUCGACAUCAAGGACCUUUACCCAUCGAUACCAACAAUAGAAACCAUAAAGACCGUACAAGAAAUACUGAUGGGAAAAAUGAAAAGAGAAGCUGUCACGGAAAUAAUAAACGCGUUGAAGGUCACAUUAAAACAAAACUACUUCCGGUUCAACAAUAAGAUAUAUAAACAGAUUAACGGGUUAGGAAUGGGCAAUCCGACGUCAGCAAUACUCAUGGAAGUAUUCAUGCAAACACUGGAGGAGAAAUACAUGAAAAACCUAUCGACCAACCUAGGAGUAAAAUUCUACGCGAGAUAUGUCGAUGAU